AUGGGUCCUGCCGUUGUUGGCUUCACUGAGGGUCCUCCUUCAACAGUUGCAAGCGAUUCUUGCAAUGAUGUUGUAGAGGGAGUAACAGAUGUUUCAGCCCCGGAUGUCGUUGUAGAAAUUGGUUCGCUGGUCUCUUCUGUAGCUGUGGUCGCCACCUGGUCGACGUUGGCUGCAACGAUAGGAGGACCCUCAGUGAAGCCAACAACGGCAGGACCCAUUGAAGCUAGCGGAGAGGAACCAGCAGUGACUAACAUAGUACCUAUCGUUGCAGCCAACGUCGACCAGGUGGCGACCACAGCUACAGAAGAGACCAGCGAACCAAUUUCUACAACGACAUCCGGGGCUGAAACAUCUGUUACUCCCUCUACAACAUCAUUGCAAGAAUCGCUUGCAACUGUUGAAGGAGGACCCUCAGUGAAGCCAACAACGGCAGGACCCAUUGAAGCUAGCGGAGAGGAACCAGCAGUGACUAACAUAGUACCUAUCGUUGCAGCCAACGUCGACCAGGAGGACCCUCAGUGGAAGCCAACAACGGCAGGACCCAUUGAAGCUAGCGGAGAGGAACCAGCAGUGACUAACAAAGUACCUAUCGUUGCAGCCAACGUCGACCAGGAGGACCCUCAGUGGAAGCCAACAACGGCAGGACCCAUUGAAGCUAGCGGAGAGGAACCAGCAGUGAGUAACAAAGUACCUAUCGUUGCAGCCAACGUCGACCAGGUAGCGACCACAGCUGCAGAAGGAGCCAGCGAAGCAACUUCCACAACACCAUCCGGGGCUGAAACAUCUGUCACUCCCUCUGCAACAUCACUGCCUGAAUCCCAUGCAACUGUUGAAGGAGGACCCUCAGUGGAGCCAACAACGGCAGGACCCAUUGAAGCUAGCGGAGAGGAACCAGCAGUGAGUAACAAAGUACCUAUCGUUGCAGCCAACGUCGACCAGGUAGCGACCACAGCUGCAGAAGGAGCCAGCGAAGCAACUUCCACAACACCAUCCGGGGCUGAAACAUCUGUCACUCCCUCUGCAACAUCAUUGCCGGAAUCGCCUGCAACUGAAGCAGGAGAAGGAACGACGGUUGAAGGAGGACCCUCAGUGGAGCCAACAACGGCAGGACCCAUUGAAGCUAGCGGAGAGGAACCAGCAGUGAGUAACAAAGUACCUAUCGUUGCAGCCAACGUCGACCAGGUAGCGACCACAGCUGCAGAAGGAGCCAGCGAAGCAACUUCCACAACACCAUCCGGGGCUGAAACAUCUGUCACUCCCUCUGCAACAUCACUGCCUGAAUCCCAUGCAACUGUUGAAGGAGGACCCUCAGUGGAGCCAACAACGGCAGGACCCAUUGAAGCUAGCGGAGAGGAACCAGCAGUGAGUAACAAAGUACCUAUCGUUGCAGCCAACGUCGACCAGGUAGCGACCACAGCUGCAGAAGGAGCCAGCGAAGCAACUUCCACAACACCAUUUGUGGCUGGAGAAUCUGUCACUCCCUCUGCAACAACACUGCCUGAAUCCCAUGCAACUGUUGAAGGAGGACCCUCAGUGGAGCCAACAACGGCAGGACCCAUUGAAGCUAGCGGAGAGGAACCAGCAAGUGAGCCGUCCUUCGUUACUUCCCCAUCAGGCGAAACUGGCUCACCAACGUUAUCUGAGCUUUACACGUCUACAAGUAGUUCUUUAGGAGUUACCACUAUCAGUCAAUCAAAGUUAAAUGAAACGGCGCUGGAAGACGAUGAAGACGAUUCCAUUAUCAACCCUACGAUUCUUGAGCAGCCACACAAGGCUGAUCUACCGGUGAAUGUGGGUUUCGUACCAGGUUCUGAACCUGAGGCUGUUCAUGAAAGUGGAGAACAAGAAGAAGAGGAGACCGAGAAGACGGGUGCUACCAAAGAGCCAGAUUACGAGGAUGCUAUCAAAGCCAAGACUUUGGCUUCGGAACCUACAACUGAGGGAACACCAAAUCAGAGCACCUCUACUGAACCACCUGUCCAAUUAGUCAAAGAUUUGAUCGAUGCUCUAGCUGGAGGUGGUCUUAAUGCUGUUUUGGGGACUCCACGACCUCCCCUCACAGAAGAAGAGGCAGACAGAAGGCUCGUUCCUUUCCAAAAAAAGAAUAGGAAUAGCCUCCGCAAUGCCACUUGGCCUUCGGAAUGA